CCACAGCCUCGUUCCGUGACCGACAGCACCGUCUCUCCGCCACCUCACAUCCUCUACCUCUUCUCGACUUCUCCCUCGCUCCCUAUUCAUCUCGUCGCCCUCCUCACCCAGCCUUUGUCGAUCGCGAGCCGGUGCUCAGUACAGAAUGUGGUUGUAUCGGGGCGCUCAGUCGGCCGUUUUCUACUAUGCCACCUGCACCCCCUGCGCCGAGUCCUCAUACCGUCGGAAUCGAAUGAAAGAAGCCGCCCGGUCGAAGCGCGAACAGGAGAAAAGCGAUGCCAUCGUCACCGAUCAACCGAAACCCUUUGCACAACCGACCCCUUUCAGUACCAACCCAGCAUGGGCGGAGGAAAUCGCUCUAGGCCCCGGCCCGCCAGCACGCAGAGGUGGUCACCGAACGCAUCGUCGAAUGGAAUCAUGGAACACAGACGGAGCAUCGGUGAAUUCACAGCAUGGAUCGGCGAACACAACGUCUAGAAAAGACAAACUGAAGAACCCGCUGGGCGAACGCUGGAGUCGCAUGCGGUAUCAACGCGAAGACGAGCCGUUAUGGGGCCAGGAAAUGGAAGUGAAGGGCUCGUCUGUGGGCUUGUCCGGCGGAGGCCGCGCGGACGAAGUCUCGAACAGCAAGUAUUAUAUCGCUCGAGUGCCUCCGGUAAACGAUCUACAUCCCCCGAUCGUUAGUGGGCCCAAGAGCCGGGCGGAGACGCGGUGGAUGUUACAGCCCCCACCCAGUGCCAGGGUUAUGGCCGGCAAGGAACGCAUCGCCGAUUCCACGUCCAAGAACACCAAAUCGUCUGACAUCAGCGCCAAUGCAAAGCCAUCGGUAGAAGCAGUACAGGCGCAACCCCCGGUUAAAACACAAUCGAUUGAGAGGAGUGCGUCUCGAGCUAAGGCGCCAGCAAUGGCUCCCGAUGGAUGGUACGACCCGAGAGCCGAUGGUUUGGAGGAAGAUGGCGACGACGAGUCACCCCGGUAUGGGCGUGACGAGUCUCACUUGGUUAUCGCACCCUCGCUGCACUCUCGCUUCGAAUCAUGUUCCUCGCUUUCGUCCGACGCAGAUUCCGAGGCGGAGUCCCCGCGGGUCUCGCUGCAUUCGCCGCAAACGCCGACCUCCCGGCCUGGCUCCAAGGCGACCCAAGAUAGCGGUAAACACUUCCCAACGAUCUCCAAGACCAUGUCCACCUUCCAGCACCAGCACCAACCAGGCAACAACAAUAAAGUUGAGAUGUUGCAUUUGGAAAUCAAUGACUCGCCUGACGAUAUCGCCUUAGGUCAGCUUGAACGCCUGCGGCCUUGGCGUUGGAGUAUGGACAUCUGAUUUCUCCAUCUCCAAUGCUACCGGACUUGAAGCUUAAGUCCAUGGCU